CCCAGGGGUCCGCCUGCUGCCGGGAGCAAACUGCACUCAUUUCCCCAGUAUUUGACAGAUGGAUGCUGUGCUGUCGUAGAGGAGGAGGAUGAAAAAAUCGCCUGAUAUAUUUUUUGGCAUUUUCGCUCAUAGCCUAUUUAUGGGAGGCAGCGGCGGCUUGGCCCUUUCUUUAUUAUAGGAAAGAGAUCUCCGCGGUUAGCUAUGUGAAGAGCAGAUCGCCUAAUAAUUCUCGUUUCGCGCUCCUGAGGAAUAAUUAUGAACAACGCGCAGGAUAUGUCGCCCGAUUUCGUGUUGAUGCGCCUGGUUUCCGCGGCCGAGGAUGACCGCUUGGACGCGGAAAACGGGAAUCUGCCGCCGGGAGGAGUGGUGGCAGGGCUGGGGAAGGAGGUCCUGGCUCACAGCGGCGUCAAAGCGGGGUUGGAUAUCAGCCGAGAUCCGACGGCGGGCCUCGAGCAUCCCAGCAGCCGCCUGAACAAAGCCCAGCCGAGCGGCGAGGGCACGGCUGCACCUGACACCGGGGUGACGGAGAGCCGAGCCCCGCUGUCCGCGCCUCCUCCGCCGCAGAGCCCCAUGGAGGCCCAGGGCUUUGACUUCGCUCCCAGCCCCGGCCUACGGCCUCAGCUGCUGGUCUUCUCCAAUAUAAUGCGGAACGGAGAAGGGAUUUUAGAAUUAGACCGUCGGAAUCAGCCGAGGGAUGCUCUGGGGUUGGACCAGAGCCCGGGGUCUGGAUGCACCGGCCCGGCUGUCAAUAACAACACUAUCAGCCCCGGAGACGUUCAGCAGCAGCAGAACCUGCUGGACCGGACAUGGGGAGCGCAUCCGCCGGUCUCCGUUACCGCGGAGAUGCAGGGAGCUGCGGAGCUUUGCCGCCGGCACCGACUCAUCACUACCCCACCCGAGUGGCCCUUGUUGACGGAGAGAUCCAACCCUCUCACCGUGAUUGACUCUAAAUGGGGAUGCGCCUCCAGGGACAGAGAGGGAGCCGUGUUUGAGCUGGCCCGGCGGUUCGGGGAGCUGGGGGUCGGUGCGGUACCCAAGAUGCUGCUCAAAGCAGGGGAGCUCCCGCAGUGUUCGUGUCAGGGCGCACACAGGCCGGCAGGAGGGGGAGUGGAGCCCGGGGAUGACCCCACAGAGACCAGCGAUGCUUUGUUGGUCCUGGAGGGGCUGGGGAGCGGGGAUGUUGCCGGCCUGGGCAUGGACGAGUGCCCGGAGGGUGAGCCGGACGACGAGAACGGACGCCGCGAGUUUUUACUCAACAGGAAACGAGAAAUAGUUCAGAAAAUGUCCGGGACUUUCUCCAUCAGCAGUUUCCAAGCGGAGCUGAGGCGGCAGGUGGAGGGGAUGGCCCCGGCGGCGACCGAGGCGGCGGCAGCGGCGCACCUUGGCGCGCAGGUGUGCAGCCUCCACGGGAAUUUAGCCAGUCGACUCUCGCAGGUAAGCUCCGGGGAUUCAGAGGUUGUCGCCCAGGUUUCAGUCACGUCACCGUCAUCUACACCGGUCCAGAGCUCACCUUGGGCCACGAGCCCAAACCUGAGCCAGGCGUCGACACCCAGAAGGCGGCCGGAGCGGUGCGCCAGUGCGCCACGGACUCCCACGGGCUGGGCCGCGGGUGGGGAAAAGACGCUCAAAGUUCCAGGGAAGUCCAAAAAGGGCUCGUUAAAGAUCCGCCUGAGUAAACUGUUCCGGACUAAAAGCUGCAGCGGCUCCAAUCACCUGCUGGACAAGAGGCCCUCGGUGACCUACUCAGUAUCUUCUGCCGGGAGUCUGGUGGACAUGGCGAGCACAGCUGGUGCUGAGCAGGACGCAGACAGCCACAGCCAGCCCAGAUUGACCAGGGCCCACAGUGCCUUCUCCCCCGCCUCCCUCUCUGCCUCCCUAUCUGCUUUCACUGGUGAGACUGUUUCUCUGGUGGAUGUGGAUAUUUCGCGGCGAGGGGCGAACACGCCACACCCUCCCACGCCUCCCCCUCCUCCACGUCGAAGUCUCAGUUUGUUAGAUGACAUAGCCGGGCCUCAGCCUGGACCUUUCCUAGUGAGUGUUAUGGGCGCCUCCCUGCAGUCCCUCCCUCUGCCUCUCCCUCCUCCUCCUCCUCCCUCCCACGCCACCAUCCAGCACAGUCUCAGCCUCAAUGACGCCUUCCUUCGGGCCCUCCCUCAUUCGACCCCAUCACCUGGUGAUGCUCCACCCCCUUCCAGACAGCCCCCGCCCCCUAUGUUGUGCGCCCUGCGGCGGUCUGAAGCCAGCAACUUCACCGCCAGUCUGAGAGAGCUGGAGAAGUGUGGCUGGUACUGGGGUCCGAUGAACUGGGAGGACGCAGAGAUGAAGCUGAAGGGGAAACCGGACGGAUCCUUCCUGGUCCGAGACAGUUCAGACCCCCGAUACAUCCUGAGCCUCAGCUUCAGGUCACAGGGAGUCACACACCACACACGCAUGGAGCACUAUCGAGGGACGUUCAGCUUGUGGUGUCACCCGAAGUUUGAGGACCGCUGCCACUCGGUGGUGGAGUUCAUUGAGCGAGCCAUCAUGCACUCCAAGAACGGCAAAUUCCUCUACUUCCUCCGCUCCAGAGUCCCAGGGCUUCCUCCCACCCCGGUCCAGCUGCUGUAUCCUGUGUCUCGCUUCAGCAACGUGAAGUCGCUACAACAUCUCUGUCGCUUCUGCAUCCGACAAAUGGUCCGCAUCGACCACAUCCAGGAGCUUCCACUGCCCAGACCACUAAUAUCCUACCUGAGUAAGUUUUAUUACUACGACCCCGAGGAGGAGACGUACCUGUCAAUCAAGAGCAUCCGGAGGGCGGUGGGAGCGGAGCAAGAGGCCGAGUCGCAGACGUAGCAGCAGAGAUCUUCUCAGCUCAAGUUUCUGUAUGGAGGACUGAUAAGCACUGGUCUGCCAGUCUUCCAGCAUCAGCCAAUCUGAGUCCCCGGAUGUCUCUGUGUCUCCAGCUGGACUUGGAUGGACCUCGCCUCUACCUUGACUUGGACUAACAAAAAGAGGGACGAGUGUUUGCAGCUGGACGGCGGGAAAACUGUCAGUGAGACGUUCAGGUGCAGAGGACUCAGCCUCGUCUUCAGAGGGACUGCAGAGACGUUCUCACCUGCGAAAACAUGUCGGUUCGAAACAAACGGAGAAUUAUGAACUUUAUUUGCAAAUUUCCUGAAGCUACUGAACUGGACUUUUAAAAACACACAAUGCACUGGUCGAUUUGUACAACUGUUGUUUGCUGCCGUUUCCUUGUUUUUCCUUCCAUGCUGUCAAAAGGAGGGUUUUUUGGAUUAAAAGUUGCCCUCGGGACAGAUAUACACACAGAGGCAGGGCAGCAGAGGCCCAUCACUGAGCAGUCAGACAGUCAGGCCACAAUGUUGGAGGACCUAUAAUCUUAUACUGGGUAACCUGAAUAGCUUUUCUGCCUGGACAUAACAAAUUUACAAUAUUAGCUACAGUGCUAAUGUAAUACUAAUGUCAGUAACAAAUACCAGCCAUAAAAUUUACUCGAAAUAUGUGGAUUGGUUCUCUCAGCUGGGCGUUUAUACGUCAUAAACAUCUCCAUCUUUUGUGUUUUUUUAAGCCUGAUUAUAAGAACAAAUUGCCAUGUCAUUUCAGUUAAGACAUUUUGUCUGACAUUGGGAUUUCUGUUUGCGAGACGGGGCUAUUUUGUUUUGUUUUAAACUAAUCAGUAGUGAGAGAUGUAUCAGUCCCACUGAUGUCAUUUUAAAUGUACAUGGACGCUGUGAGUAGCAGUUACCUUAUUUGCCAUAUCUAAUGAUGGAACAGGCAGAUUACUACACCUGUAAAGUGACCAUUUGUCCAUCAGUUACUCACCGUGUGUUACCCACAUGCCUCUGUGGGUACUGGAGAAUUUAGAAAAGGCAAACAUUCUUCUUGAAGUAAACAUGGUCCGCAUCUGCCAGCAAAACUAUAUCAAAACAUCUGUUUACAACCUCUCACACAACUAAUGCAGUAUAAUCCAAGUCUCAUUAGCAGAGCUGAGGGCACACUACUUGUAGCCGAAGUGCUUCAUAUUCAUAACGUUUUAGUGAAAACGCAUGUUUUUGGGAAGUACUGAUCAUACGACUGGAUAAAUGAGACUUGGAUUAUACUGAGAUUGCGGAUACAAGCAUCUGAAAUGAGUUUCCUUGCGGGGUGUCUGGGCUCAGCCUUAGAGAUAGGGUGAGGAGCUCGGACAUCUGGAGGGAGCUCGGAGUAGAGCCGCUGCUCCUUCACGUCGAAAGGGGUCAGUUGAGGUGGUUCAGGCAUCUGAUCAGGAUCCUCCUGGGCGCCUCCUGUUAGAGGUGUUUCAGGCACGUCCAACUGGUAGGAGGCCCCGGGGCAGACCCAGAACACACUGGAGGGAUAACAUGUCUCAUCUGGCCUGGGAACACCUCGGGGUCCUACAGGAGGAGCUGGAAAUUGUUGCUGUGGAGAGGGACGUCUGGAAUACUUUGCUCAACCUGCUGCCCCCACAACCCCGCUACAGAUAAGCGGUUGAAUAUGGAAUGGAUUAUACUACACGAGUUGUGUGAGAGUUUGUAAACUGAUAUUUUGAUAUAGUGUUGUAACACGCAAUCCCCAAUUACUUUAAUUCAUGAAGAAUGUUCGCCUUUUUUGGAUUCUCCGUUCCCUGUGGAGGCAUGAGAGAAAAUCAAAGUUUUCUUCACGACUUCACUGUUGAGUAAUGGAUACACAAAUGGUCAUUUUGUGGGGAAGUAUUCCUUUAAAGGGUAACUUUGGUAUUUUUCAGUCUCGACUCUGUUUUCCCACAUUUUUGACUAAAUGACUACUGGGAACAAACAUUUUUGAAACCGGUCCAGUCUUGAGUGAGAGGACUGCAGCUGGCAGCAACGAAGCAGGCUGCAAUGUAAUCACAUGGGGCAAUUGUGCGCCCUCAGUGUAUGUUGACUAUGAAGUGUUUGUUGUUGCAAUAAACAGCUCAAACUAUUAGUUGUGUCUGACAACAUUAUAGAAAGGAUCGUUACAGAGAUAGACCUUUACGGUAAAGGGUAAGAUCCUUUUUGUUUGACCUGAAACAGCCCCAAAAUUGCCUUUGUCAAACCCACCAGACUCCAUUUAAAUAAACAGCAAUUUUAGUGUGUAUAGAGCCAUCAUAUUUUUAGAUUUAACCGGGUUAAUUGAGGGUUUAUGUCAACCAAACUGGAGCUGGCGAAUGUUUGAAGAGUGGAAAGACAAACAAAGACAGCUUUUAUGAGUUUUAUUUUGUUUUUGGGGAUUUUGAAUGAAGCAUGUUUUAUGAUAAUAAAAUUACUGUUUAUUUAAAUGGAGUUUGGUGGCAUUAGCAGUGGCGAUUUCAAGGCUGUUUUUGGUUAAACACAAAGGACCUCACUCUUAAACUAUCUGUCUAUCUCAUCAGGGGGUUUUUCAAUCAUGUUGUCAGACACUUAAUAUAACAAUAUGCGCCUGUCAGUGGCAAAAACAAGCACAUUUAGUGGAUGUAAACUGAUGAUGCACAAUUGCCCCAAGUGUUAACACUGCAACCUGUUUAGCUGCUGCCAGCUGAGGCGGUCUCACUAAAUACUGGACCAGUUUCAAAAACUGUUGUCAACAUUAGUCACUUAAACACAUAAGCAUGAGAAAAUGGGGUCCAGGUUGAAAAAUACCAAAGUUGCCCUUUAAGUCCACUUGGGACACCUGGUCAGUCUCAUCUGUCCUUGCUGCCACAUUUCCGUCACUAUUUUCCUGGAUGUCGCCAGCUCACCAUGUAGAAAGAUGAUGUCUCCCAUUUUUAAUCUCACCUACAAAGCUCAGAUCGUUCAGUUGUCUGUCCAGCAGGCACAAACAGCCUUCAGUGAGCACAACAACAGAUCCAUGUGAAUCCCUGAACAAACCCAAACAAACCAAAUCACAGCCUUCAGCAUCACCAAGACGUAACAAGCAGAAAUCUGCCCGUGUGUUUUUUCGAGGAAGAAGUAGCGUUACUUUCUCUUGUUUUGAUGUCACUACUCUAUCAUGUAGACACACUCAACAACAUCUGACCUCUGUUCAGUGGGGAGAAAAUAAUACGCCACAGUCACUGUCGCUGUUGUUAGAACAAAAAAAAAAAAAAAAAAGAGAAACAACAACAAAAUGUAAUGUUGAGUGUCCUGCUGCUUUGUGUGUUCCCACAAACGCUACCUUCAGACUAGAUGUCAGUUUCAGAUGUCCAGUACGUCGCAGCAGAUGUGGAAUGCAGUGUUGUACUGACUUCCUACACUUCCCAGGAUGCCUCUUGGCAACUUUUAUAAACAGGUUGUAGUUUUAAGUCAUAUGAACAUCACUAGGUUUCUGCCCAACUAGUUCAUAAACACUGAGCUGUGUCCAGUACUCACAGCACAACAUGUCCUGGAGAUGCAGUGCAUUCUGGUCUAUUGAGGCUCCUGUUGGGACAUAAUUUAUUGCUCUUAUAUUACAUUAUUUCAGCACAUGUAGUUGCUGUUUACAUUUGAAGAGAUAUUUACAGUAACAGGGGAAAAUACACCAAAGAAAAAUUAUCUUCAGAAAUGCAAUUUACAAAACAAACACCUGAUUUUUAACACAGUUUGAUUCAUUGGAAUUUAAGGCGGAGCCAUGUCGCUUAUGAUAAAAUAUUUAUUUUAUUUUUAUUUAUGACUAAUGCACUUAUGCUGAUGUACACUCUUAGACAAUUAAAAUUAUUGAAAUUAUUUAAAUGGAUUUAAACACAAGAGAGUUGCAAAACUAACAUGAAGUUAACUUCAUCUGCAAAAACAAAACAAAGAAAUAUUCGACACUACUUGUUUUUCCCAUAAUGCCCUGCCUCAGAGUGUGUAUAUCUGCCUCAUCUGACUCAUCUCUAUCUGUCAGUUUUAUUUGUUGAAAUGCCCAGGUGUAUUUUGCUCAUUCUAUUUCUCAGUACCCUGAAGCUGACUACUGGCUCAGCGAUUUCAGUAAAAAAAGAA